AUGGCGACCCCCCCUGUACCACAACUGAAUAGAGGGCUUGGAAAUGUUCAAGCUACUAUCUGCAGGCAGACAUGCUCCAACCUGCAGACACCUGCUAUUCCGCAGCUGAUGACUUUCCACGACGCCCAGCAGUUCUGCUCCAACACAAUGAAAGCAAGGGAUCUACUUUCAGCACCACGCCCGCCGGGAACACCCAGCUUCAAGGGCUUCGCUAAGUAUGUUCAGAAGAAAGCGGCGUUGAACUUCAUCAAGAUAGCAGGUGUGGCCAGUGAAGAAAGUCAGUACUUCGGCUGCCUGGCCCACCAUAUCCGAAGUCACGUGACCAACGGCGAUAUCAAACAGAACCCAUUCUGGAUAUCCAGAUCCUCUGAUGCUACUGGGGAUGGGCACUACCUGGCGUCUGAUGGCAACCGCUAUCCAGCAAACACCAGGCUGCCGUUUGUGUGCGAAUAUCAUCGAACAUGCAAUCGUUCUUGUGCGGCUGAGGGCGUCAAAGGCGAGGUCAUGUACAUUCCGACACGGACUGCCAGCAACUUUCAAGAAGCUCAACUCGAAUGCACGAGAAGCAUGCUGAAGUUGCCACAAGCCGUUCCCCCUUUCUUCCCGCUCGUGAGGUGCGUCAAUGAAUUGCUCAAGGACGACAUGGGCACUGGUGCUGUGGUGUGGAUGCUCAGGCCUGACACCCGGGUGGCUUAUGGCAGCGACGGACAGCUCUACGAUCCCACCAAGAGAAAGCUGCGUCUAGUUGUCUGCUCCAAUGUAUGAGGUUAAGGCACGGCUGGCCGCACCCAGAGCAUGAGCCUAUCGACGUGUGGCUGCUGGCGUUGAUCAGCCCACUGCACACCUACCGUGGACACUGUGUUCAGUGACACAUUCACGGCAGGCUGCGAGCUGUUACCCUUGUA